CUUAUAUUUAGGUUAGUUAUAACGUUAUAGUUGGUUUGUUCACACAGAAGUUUUCAAAGGCAUUUUUGCUAAGAAUGGAUUUCUCGUUUUUAAAACUUGUACAGUGGAAAAGUUUAUGUAUUUUAGCGUGCCUUCACAUCGGAAACACCGAUGCUUCAAAAACAGAUGAAAAACUUUCGCAAUUUCUUUUUUCCAACUACAAUAAGCACAUCCGACCAGCUCGGACUCUUGGUGACGUAACCAAUGUGACGUUUUAUCUCACCUUGUUACAACUGAUCAGCGUGACUGAGAAAUCUGAAGAAAUGACAACUUCUCAAUACGUCACAAUUCGUUGGGAAGAUCCCCGUUUAAUCUGGAAUCCGAAAGAUUUUGGAGGAGUGACGCAGAUUCGACUUCCUUCUCAACUAUUUUGGAAGCCAGACCUGGUGCUUUAUAACAAUAACGACGGAGAAUACGACACAACUGUACCGGUAAACGCAUUACUAAACCAUACUGGUAUGGUUGAAUGGCUACCUGCUGCGAUUUACAAAAGUGCUUGCAAAAUUAAAGUGGAUUUAUUUCCUUUUGACUGGCAGAACUGUACCAUGAAAUUUCGAAGUUUCACUUACGACAAAACCGAGUUAUACAUUACUAGUGCUUACAACAAGGUGGUUGUGGACAAAGCAGCAUAUCGUGACAACGGCGAGUGGACAAUAAUUCAUUGUCCGAUAAAAACAAACGAAGAUGUUAAUGAUCCAAGUUACCAAGACAUCUCUCUGUACUUCAUUAUUCAGCGGAAGCCAUUAUUCUACAUUAUUAACAUUAUUAUACCAUGUGUCCUGAUUUCUUCUCUCUCGGUCCUCGUGUUCUACCUUCCAAGUGGUUCAAGCGAAAAAAUGACAAUGAGCAUUUCUGUAUUAUUAGGUCUUACUGUUUAUUUACUUUUACUGGCCAAGCGGGUUCCAGAAACAUCUCUCGGUGUGCCAUUAAUCGGGGCCUAUCUACUGUUUACAAUGUUGACUGUCACAUUAUCAAUUAUUUUCAGUGUUGUAGUUCUUAAUAUCUAUCAUCGUACUCCAUCAACUUCUGAGAUGCCUGAAUGGGUUCGUUCACUUUUCAUGGGGACACUACCAGAUUUGUUAAGGAUGGAAAAACCGCUUAGCACUCGCCGCCUUCUCCUGCAAACUGAACGACGAAAACUUGAUGAUCCUAUAGUCUCAAAGAAUCCUUAUACACAUAUUGCGCGACAAACCGAAAGAGAUGCACUCUUAACGGACGCAUAUGUUGAACAGGCAAUUCCGACAGCAGAACAAAACCUAAUCAUUUUGGAAGAAUACAAACGCAACCAACAAUUGGUUUCGUCGAUCAGUAGACGCUCUCAACAUCUGCGUUCCAGACGAACUAACAAAGCUAAUGAUUUUUCGGAAAACGGUCGGAAAACAGAAAAGAAUCGACGACAUCGUAAACAACGUCAAAGCUGUCAUGACGACCAAAGCUGGAAAUACCAUGGGGACGAUUUAAACACAACACAAUUUCUACAGGAAAACAUACCUAUGAACUUAUCGGAAGAUGGCUGGGGGAAAGAGCCGAUCGUGUGUCCAGAAAAAUACUUACCUCGUUCAAAGUCAUGUUCUUUCGAUUCUAAAAAACAUUGUGCAUACAUAAAGGAAUAUCAAAAUCAUGGUGACAUUGCUACUUCUUUACCACUACUAGGUGAUUCACAUCGAAAUAAUUAUGAUCAACUCAAAGAAGAUCAAGGAAAUGCAAACCCCGUUCAGGACAGUUUUGAAAACGAGGAGUUGUAUUUAUAUAAAACUCACAACGAGAAGAUUUGGUGCAGUAAACCACGUAGAACAGAUCUUAAAGGACAAACUAGAAUACGUAAUCGGCCAAGACCGUUUCAAAAUCUGCGUUCUCCUCAUUUGAAGCCACGGGAAAAUGGUUACCACUCGCACAACACAAAACAUACUUCUGGUGAUAUAAAAUCGCCAAAUGUAACGACGUAUGAAUCACUAUUCAUUGACGAAGAAGAGCAAGAUGCUUCACAUUAUAACACGCCAACUUCUACAGGCGCGGCAAAUUGCUUUGAGUCUGUAGAAUUUGUGACGAACGAAUGUAAAAGCGUUGGAAAAUUAUCUGAGGAAGCUCUUCUUGCUGCCAGCGCUGUGGACUUUAUUGCUGAAAAUAUGAAAACUACAGAUAAAAUGAAGAUAAUGAUAGAAGAUUGGCAUUUCGUUGCAACCGUUGUUGACCGCUUGCUCCUAUGGAUAUUUAUGUUGGUUUUCCUUGCGGGUACUUUAUACUUCUUUAUAAAGGCAACGUUGAACGCCCCACCUCAACAUCCAUUUGAAGACAACGAUCCCAAAUACGCAAUGUGCUGGAAAACAGAUGAACACCACAAAUACCACUUGUUAGAAUAGUUUUUGCACUUUCCUAAAUUUGAGGGUGACAUAAAACAGAAGAAUUCUUUUCUGUGACGUAGAUUAUAUAAAAUUGAGAAACUUUGUAGAAAAACCAUGUUGCCUUUGUUGCAAAAGUUGCGCUUCAUAAAAAAUACCACGAUCCUG